AGAUGAAUGAUGUGUGUCUUUCAAACAGGUGUAAAGGCGUUUGAUCCAGCGGCAGAAAUACAUGUGCGGGUAUGUCACCAUGAGCCGUCCUAAAGCAGCCGACGGAUACUCACCCUGCGUAUGCUGAGCGAAGCGGCGAGGGUCGGGUCCGCCUCAGUCUCCUGUGAUUGGUCGCUGGAUGGAAUCAAGGUGAAUGGAACACAAAGAGCAGGAGCUGAACCUGCCAGAGGGAGACGAGACAUGGUGGCCGGAUGGAGUGAAGAGAAAAAGAAAGAAUAGUCAAUGCUCUAUGAAGAGCACGUCUGUGAAGAUCAUCUCUGUUCCAGGGUAUGUUCCCAGCUACCUGGAGAAAGACGAGCCAUGUGUGGUAUGUGGGGACAAGGCCACCGGCUACCAUUACCGCUGCAUCACAUGUGAGGGCUGCAAGGGUUUCUUUAGGAGGACAAUACAGAAGAAUCUUCACCCUUCCUAUUCCUGCAAAUAUGACAGCUGUUGCAUCAUUGAUAAAGUCACCCGCAACCAGUGCCAGCUGUGCCGCUUCAAGAAGUGCAUCUCGGUGGGGAUGGCCAUGGACUUGGUGCUGGAUGAUUCAAAGCGUGUGGCCAAGAGGCGUCUGAUCGAGGAAAACCGGGAACGGAAGAAGAAAGAGGAGAUUGUGAAAACUCUGCACAAUCGGCCUGAGCCCACCGUCUCGGAGUGGGAGCUGAUUCGUAUGGUGACGGAGGCUCAUCGCCACACCAAUGCCCAGGGCCCUCACUGGAAACAGAAACGCAAGUUCCUACCAGAAGACAUCGGGCAGUCUCCAGCCCCCACAUCAGACAACGACAAGGUCGACCUGGAGGCCUUCAGUGAGUUCACCAAGAUCAUCACCCCUGCCAUCACACGAGUUGUGGACUUUGCCAAAAAGCUGCCCAUGUUCUCCGAGCUGCCCUGUGAAGACCAGAUCAUCCUGCUGAAAGGCUGCUGUAUGGAGAUCAUGUCCUUGCGUGCAGCGGUGCGGUACGACCCCGAGAGCGAGACACUGACCCUGAGCGGGGAGAUGGCUGUCAGUCGAGAGCAGCUGAAGAACGGAGGGUUAGGAGUGGUGUCUGAUGCCAUCUUUGAUUUGGGCAAGAGCCUGUCACAGUUCAACCUGGAUGACUCGGAGGUGGCACUGCUGCAGGCCGUCCUGCUCAUGAGCUCAGAUCGUUCCGGACUCACAUGUGUGGAGAAGAUCGAGAAGUGUCAGGAGAUGUACCUGUUAGCAUUCGAGCACUACAUCAACCAUCGCAAGCACAACAUCUCACACUUCUGGCCCAAGCUGCUGAUGAAGGUGACGAACCUGCGCAUGAUCGGCGCCUGUCAUGCCAGCCGCUUCCUGCACAUGAAAGUGGAGUGUCCCACAGAACUCUUCCCCCCGCUCUUCCUCGAGGUCUUCGAGGAUCAGGAGGUGUGACCGAGAGCCACAGGGGAACCCGGGGAGGGAAAACUGAUCGUCAAUUUGUUUUCGCAAAGCAUUUGUAUUUUUUGCAUCCUCAUGCAACGCCGAGCCGGGACAUGCACUUAAUAUUGCACCAUCAGCUUUGUCUAGGAUAUGUUUUGGGUUGUCGGCCUCCACAUCUUUCGACAGUCACCUGCCAUUCAGAUUCCUCCCACAGACGGACAAAAAGCUAGCAUGCAUCAACCUACCUCUCAUACCUUGACAUACCUCCCAACCUCAGAAGGAGCUUAUUUUAAAAGCGUGACGAAGAAACUCACACAUUCAUAAGCCAAUUCCUAACCUGUUUCGGAAACGCUAGCUGUUGUUGUAAGUACAGAGGAAACGUCUGUGAGCAACAUCGAACACCUACAGUUGGGCUCUACACGAUUAACCUAAUUUUCCUCUUACUACAGUAGUAUUUCAGCAUUUAUCUUCCUCUUUGCACACAUAGAAUAUCUCCUGUGUGAACAUAACUGUGUGCAUUCGUAUACAUACAUAAAUAUGAUGUGUGAACUUCUCAUACCUCAUAUGCACCAGCAUACAGACAUACAUGUAGCAACAUGUCCAUACAUGUAUGUAUGUGUACUAUUCUGCCUGCAUUAACACAUUUAUCUUCUUACAAUGCAGCGUCUACAGUCCUCACAUAACUACUUAUCUUCCAUAUCCACUUGAAUGUUACUUAAGCUAAACAUUUUGUGUCCUCAUUUUCUGAAUAGCCUCUUGUGGCUUUCCGGCGUGUGACCCAUAUAGCUGUGGUGAGGUAUUUCCUCCUGUAUUCAUCUGUCCUAGUGUUGUCCGUUUGGGCAGACAGAUAGAUGUACACAUGUAUUAAGCCAUACGCUGUGGUUUGAGACACAUGCAUCUCCAUGUUAUGGCCUUCAGAUCGCUCAUUGUGCUCCCACUGACCUGGCUCAUCAGAUGGCUGUACCAUAUGGUAUUACAUAGAACUUCAGAGAAUACUGUGGCAUUAUUACAAAAACAUGGUAGUGCCAUGGUAUUUAUUUUAGGGGAAUAUUACCCCUGAAAUCCAUCCAUCAUACCAUUUAUGUUGACAAAUUAGAAGCACAGGGUCGUGAAUGAUUCCUGAACAUCUGAAUUCGACAGAUGAAAACAAAAAUAGAAACUAAGGGUUAGAUCAUAAGAGUGAGAGGUUACAUUGGGGCUAAACAUCAAAAUAACCACUUCACCAAAAAAGACGUUGAGCAAUUUUCUAUUUAUUUAAUUGUGUUAUAUGGAAAUAUGAUUAGAUACUAAAAUUAUUUUAGUAUCGUAUUUUAAAAUGUGUUCUUGCUAGAUUGUUUCACACAUUAAUCUCCAUUGUUAUUGGAGCAUUCAACUCAAAACUCAAAAUUUGAAAACUCUGUCAACAUUUACUUAUGCACAAGUUGUUCCUGUUGAGCACAAAAUAAGGGCCCUCAUAUAUCAACAGUGUGUAUGCACAGAUGUAAACUUUUCUACACACUGUUGAUAAAAGAGGCCCCAGAUAUUUUGGAGAAUGUUAGUAACCAAACAGUUGAUGGUACCCAUUGACUUCCAUAGUAUGGGGGGGGGUUAUCCUGGGCCAUCAACUGUUUGGAUACCAGCAUUCUCCAAAAUAUCUUCUUGUGUGUUUGACAAAGGAUAGAAACUCAUACAGGUUUUGAACAAAUGGACAAUGAGUAAAUGAUGACUGAAUUUACAUUUUUGUGUGAACUGUCCUUUUAAAUCAAACAAAUAAGCUUCAUUUCAACAUUUCAAGCUGCAGUUUCAUCAGUUAAUUACAUCAAGCUCAUUCUUGGUUUGUUGUGAAAUUUUUAUACAGAAUUACAGUUAGCAUGAAAUGAAAAUUCACAACAUCAGUUUUCUAAAUGCACGUUAUUAAUGGUUUUGUGAACUAUUCAUUUGUGCAGAUAUGCAUUUUCAGCACUGUUAUGUUUAAUCAAAAUCAUAUACACUCAGAUGUGUCACAAUACAGAAGGAAAGA